AAUGGUCGAGUCGUGAAUGGUGGAAAUCGUGGCAAUCAACUCGUUUUGGGUAAUGAUCGUCAACUUGUUGACAACCGAGGUGGCCAGCGAUCCGCUGGACGCGGAGGUAGGGGGGGAGUGUUUACCAAUGGCGACAGCGUAGAUGGUGAUAGUCGAGCGGUGACGAACGGAUAUGAUCGGUCCAUUGAUGGGUCCACCGAAGAUGAUAGGGAGGUAGAAUUUACUGACGACGGGAGGAGUCAGUAUUGCCCCAACGAAGAUAGUCAAUACGGUGGGGAGGGCGAGUAUUACCCUAACGCCCGGGAGGAUGAACCGGACGGCAGUGUGGAAGAGAAUAGUAAUGUGGAAGGGAAUAGCAAUGUGGACGGGAAUAGCAAUUAUGCUCCUAGAGACGGACCUUAUGACGACGAUGGAAACUUUGCACCAGACGAGGAGUUCAACAAGUUCCAACAUAACACUCUCAGUCUGGCGUUCACAGAGGAAACAUUCUUUUCCCGGCGCACCCCAGCCCAUUCCGAAUUCAAUGUCAUCGAGGGGAACCAGCAAAAUUACCAAUGAUUUACCCAUCGCUGUGGUGUGUGGUGACAUGACCACAGAUUUGGCAGUCGUAUCGGGUAUGGGUUCAGCUCUCGUGUCUGACUUAGACCUUGGACUGAAUGUUGAUAACGAUGAUGACCUCACAAGGCAUGUUCGUGCUCACAUCAAAGCUGCCAUCGACCCUGCCAUUGACAAAGCCUCUCGAAAAAUUGAUACUACCAUAAAAGAGUUGGAUCCUAAGCUGGGACAAUGCCAUCUUGCUAUACAAGCACGCGUUCGUCAGGAUACCAACGAGUACUUUGAUGCUAUCAACAUUCCUCGCUGGGUGCUUUCUGCGUUACGUCGACGCCACAUGACCGCCAUAAGUGCGCAGACAUCGUUCGAGUUGACUCAGAGGGGACUAAAACUUUCGCUCCCUUUACUCGAAAUAAAUGAUUUCCGGAUCAUUGGGGAGAAAGGUCGUGUUCGCACGUACAAACUGCAAGUGGAAAUGUUGGAGGAGGUCAUCAUU